GCGCCGCGCGGGCUCUAUGACCCCGAGGUUCCGAGCGUCGAUGACACGGAUUCCGAGGCUCAGUUACGGAAGCAGCAGUAAGAGGAGGCGGAGAAGCAGGCGCUCCCGCGGCCGCCGCUGUCGCCAGCGCCGCCGCCACCGGGCAAGAGGAGAGCGCUGCGCGCGCAGCAGCCCCAACUCUGCCUCCCAGCUCUGGCCGACGGAGUUCAGCGGCGCAGGAGGAGCAGGAGCAGCAGGCGGGGAGCGUCGCCGCUGCCGCCGCUGGACAGGCGCCUCGACGGACGGCCGCUGAGCGGGUCUCUCCGGCGCCCCUCGCCUGUCCAGCCGCCGGCCGGCCAGCCUCCUCCGCCGGCCAAGGGGCCGCCGAACGAGCCGGACAACCAGCCGGCCAGCAGGCCUCGCGGGCUCCGGAGCAACUCUCUUCUUGAGCUCCGUCGGAGGGGCGCCGCCGCCGAGCCCCGCGCAUGGAGAAGCGGGGGAAGCGGGUGGACUGCCCGGCGCUGCCUCCCGGGUGGAAGAAGGAGGAGGUCAUCCGAAAAUCGGGGCUCAGCGCUGGCAAGAGCGAUGUCUACUAUUUCAGUCCGAGUGGGAAGAAAUUCCGAAGCAAGCCCCAGUUGUCGAGAUACUUGGGGAAUACUGUUGACCUCAGCAGUUUUGACUUCAGGACAGGGAAGAUGAUGCCUAGUAAAUUACAGAAGAACAAGCAGAGGUUAAGGAACGAUUCGCUCAGUCAAAACAAGCUUUUCUGGGAGAAGAGACUGCAAGGCUUGAGCGCAUCAGAUGUGAGCGAGCAGAUCAUAAAAUCCAUGGAGCUGCCGAAAGGCCUUCAAGGGGUUGGCCCGGGGAACAACGACGACACCCUCCUGUCUGCUGUUGCCAGCGCACUGCACACGAGUUCUGCCCCCAUUACAGGGCAGCUCUCUGCUGCCGUUGAGAAGAACCCAGCCGUGUGGCUGAACACCUCCCAACCUCUCUGCAAAGCCUUCAUCGUCACGGACGAGGACAUUAGGAAACAAGAAGAGCGAGUGCAGCAGGUACGGAAAAAGCUGGAGGAGGCGCUAAUGGCAGACAUUUUGUCGCGAGCUGCAGAUACAGCUGACUUGGACGAGGUUGAGAUGGACGAUGGCGAAGAAGCAUAAGAGGCAAAAGCUUCAGGUACUUAAAACAGAAUUAUCCCCAGAAGAAAUUCCUGGAAGCUGAAGGCGCUUUUUUGUUUUGUUUUCCAUUGGUCUUUUAUGAAAAGAAGAAAAGGACCUGUGCACAUUUAUAUAGCUUUCUAAUAGCAUUAAAAACCAAUGCCUUUUUUGGGCUCUUUUUUAUGUAUAUAUCUUAGUUUUUUUUGGGGGGGGGGGAGAGAAGGAAACAGAGAGACCAAGAAAGAAAAAGGAAAACCCACUUUUAAAAUGUUUGUGUCUUAACGACUUCAAAAGUCUUGUUUUUUAUUUUUUAUUUUUUUGUUAUGUCAGACAGUUCCCUAAACCCAAAGCUAAGCUUUCAACGCUAGGCUGCAAUCUGGAACUGUAUGACUAGCACUAAAUAUUUUGGGUUUUCCCCCUUCUUCUUCUCUCUCUUUCUCUUCCUUUUGUGUGGAUGUAUGUGUGCUGGUAACAAUGGAUCAGGCAAACGGAAUGUUCGCUCCCGAUUUAAGAAGAAAGAAAGAAACCUAUUGUGACAUGUGUUGUACAUAUACUGUAUAAAAGAUUUUUUUUUUAUAUACCGGAGUUGAGUGGAAAUUGACCCAUCGCCAUCCCUUCUCUAAAAGAGAAAUAAAUAAUUAUAUUCAGAGCAACUAAAUUUGUAGAGUGUGAUGCGCUAUAAUUAAGUCAAAAUUAUAGGCACCCGUGCCCAGAUCGCCAGAUGGAUCGGUGGGCAGAGAGAUGAGGGCGUUAAGCGAGUGGACUAUAUCCAAGACACCUGGGUUCAAGUCGCUGGCUUUGAUUUGCACUUCUUAAGGGCCCAAAUGGGGAUUUGGCAUCCCCAGCCGAGGCAACUAUCCUAAGUUCAGCGGGAACUGGAUGAGCACUGUGAUGCGAGUAUGAAUGCGCACGCACGCCGAGUGUGUGUGUGCGGAUCAGCCUCAGUUCUCCAUUUGUGAAAUGGGAUUGAGUGACCUACCUCACAGGGUUGUUGUGAGGAUGAACCUAAUAAAGAUUGUAAAGCACUUUUCAGAUGAAAUGGUUUGCGCAAAUGUUGUAGCAGCCGGCCAGCGCAAGGAGAGAAAAAGUCACUAGUGGUAUGGGGGGGAAAGGCUUGGUUGGGAGUGGGGUGCCUGCUGCUUUUGUGGACCAGAUGUGGGGAACCUGUGGUCCUCCAGAUGUUGCUGGACUACAGAUCCCAUCACCCCUGGCCAUUGGCCAUGCCGGCUGAGGCUGAUGGGAGUGGCAGUCCAACAGCAUCUGGAGGUCUUCAUUUCCCCCAUCGCUGGUGUCGUGGUUGGAGCAGUGUGCUUGACAAAUUUGACCCUCGUGAACUCUGAACUGAAGUGCUCUAAUCUACACCUUCAGGGCUGAUGCAUGGCUCAAAACCAAGCUAUCGGAUGUUGCAUUUUUCAGAAAGCUGCAACGCAUUUCUCUGCUCAAAACAUGCUUUUCCCGACGUUGAAGGCAAAUAUAGCUAGAAUGCUAUUUUGAGAGAUGACACAUUUGGGAGCGUGUGCAGUGUGGUACCUCGGGUUACAGACGCUUCCGGUUACAGACUCGGCUAACCCAGAAAUAGUACCUCGGGUUAAGAACUUUGCUUCAGGAUGAGAACAGAAACCGUGUGGCGGCGGCGGCAGGAGGCCCCGUUAGCUAAAGUGGUACCUCAGGUUAAGAACAGUUUCAGGUUAAGAACGGACCUCCAGAACGAAUUAGGUUCUUAACCAGAGGUACCACUGUACUUAAAUGUAUAUUCUUUUGCAGGUUUUUGUUUUAAUUGUGGCUCAGUGUGGAAAUGGAUCAGAGCAGACUUCGGAGUAAACACGUGUGAAAUUAGCGCACCCCCCAAAAAAAAUAGGCUGAUGAGCCCAACCCUUAGUUCAGAGCAGGGUGUUCAUUGCCCUAUCCUGAUGCCUGCCCUAUUCACGGCAUUGUAUUGUGUUCCCCUACAAAAUGCUGCCCUGGGGUCCCCACCAAUUACAAUCAAGCUUGUUGGUAGCUAAAAUGAGAGGAAUACUGAUUGCGGAAAGCCGGUCCCCAGGAAGACAUCCAUCUACGGUAGCAGAGUCCGAAUCUGAUGAGCCUUUCAAGGCUUCUUGGUAGCAGGGAAGAUAAUGCUUGUUGCGUGGUGAUUUUUCAUAAAAGUCGCCCCAUAGACACCGCAGUGAAUAGAAUCUAGUGGCUUUAUAAUAAUGUGCAUUGAACUUCUGCAGCCGGAGCCAUUUAUCUUGGACUUUGCUGUUUCCAGUAGUCUCUCCUGGCCUAAGUUGUUUCCAAAUAAACCAUUGAUCAUGGGACUCCUCAAAGCUUUGCAAAGCAACCCGCUCUGCAGGUUUGCCUCCCUUGAUACUGAUGGGUAAUUUAUUCUUGUUAGAAGACGGAAUUGGAAGCCUGUUAAACAUGCAUUGAACAGUGACAUUAAACUCGAGAUCUGUCUACUUUUGCAGAGGAAUGGACGGCUGUGAGGAAGAGAAAUGGUCUGCUAUGACAGGCAGCAGUUUUCAAUUAAUGAAAAAAAAGCCUGUUAAAUCUGAAUUAAUUAAUUGGACAGCAUUCUUUUUUAAAAAAUACAAAAAUACAUUGAAAUCUAGAAGGCAAGCACCAUUUGAAAAGAGGCACUCCUAUUUCAUUCGCUUAGGGAGAGUGCCUCUUCUUACCUUAGGGGAGAAUGCCUCUUCUUUGCAUGUGCGAUGGUACCAUGUUGUCUAAAAGCAAAGGAAACAUUUCUUCAGAACUACUAUCAUCAAUUCAUCCAUAGAUUAAAACGUCUUCAAUCAAGUUGCAGCCCUAAUGUAUUAUUAUUAAUUAUAUUUAUAUUUCACCUUUUUCUCCAAGAAGCUCAAGGUGGCUUUGAUGGUUCUCCCUGCCCCCCCCCCUGCAUUUAAUUCCCACAACAACCCUGGAAAAGAGGAGACUGAGAAGAGCUAUGAAGGAACCCAAGGGUCAUCCAGUCCAACCCCCUGCAAUACAGGAAUCUUAGCUAAAGCAUCCAAGAUAGAUGGCUAACCAACCUCUGCUUAAAAAACCUCCGAGGAAGUGAGAGUCCACAACCUCCUGAGAGAGUUGGUUCCACUGUCGAAAGUUCAUCCUGAUGUUUAGUCGGAAUCUCCUUCCUUGUUACUUGUACCCAUGGGUUCGAGUCCUACUCUCAGGAAGGUAACUUUUGGAAGUACUAGAGGAGUUACCUUCCUGAGGGUACUUACCUGAAAGUAAGUGCUCCCCUUGCCCACAAAGGAGCCCAGGGUGCCAAACAAAGUAGCAAAGCGGUUCAGUUAAAAGAAAAAUAUUUUAAACUGCCACAUGCUCAUGUGGAGAAUAAUUUCAAUGAGAACAGCAUCUUUCAGCCACCAGAUGCCUGCAGAACAUUUUGUACCAGCCAGCUUUGGGAUCAAGUACAACGAAAGCCCCAUAUGGACCGCACUGCAGGAAUCCAACCUUGAAAUUACCUGAACUACUGUAAGGAACCCCUGCAAGUCAGGGCAGAGUCUGACAGCACAAUCCCCAUCCACUCCCAUCCCCUGCCAUGUAUGUUGAAAGGAACCUUAAUGAUUGCAUCAAACUCCGGUGCUUUGACAGCCCUGCAUUUCAGCCCUUUGCCACAGUUGCUACUUUAGCAGAUAAAGCUGCUUCCUGUCUUGUAUAUUUCUAUUUAGUAACUGGAUUUCCAGCCCUACAGCUUUUUUUUAUCCUAUAUGAAGCUGACAGUUGAUUCUGGAUGGGCAAAACGUUGUAUCCGCACGCCGUGCACUGACUGGAUUUAUGGAACUUGCUGCCGCGAACUGUGGCAAAUGGACACAGGCUUAGGUGGCUUUGAAAGGGGAUUAGACAAAUCCAUAGAGACCUAUCAAUGGUUGUUAACCAUGCUGGAUAUAUGGAUCCUUCGGGGUCAGAGGUGGAAUAUAUGCCACUGGAUAUCGGCUGCUAGGGGACAAUGGGAAAAGGUGGUGGUUGCCUUUGCAACAUGCUUGCUAGUUUGCUGGAGACCUCCUCUUGACUGCUAUUGGAAGCAAGGUACUGCACCAGAUAUGACAUUUGAUUGUGUCCCCAAGCUGCUCUCUUUAAGGGAGAGCUUGAGUCUCACCCUUUGGUGACCCGCCCAAUAGCAAAGGUAUAAGGCUCUCCAAAGGUGAAGUGAUGUUGCACCCUGCACAAAUAUGGACGGCUCUCUGCAGUCAUAAACA